AUGGCUCCGGCGCUUGUUCGGCUCCCAGCCCCUCGCCUCCUCCACCUCGUCGAGGUGGUGGACCCGGCCAGUGGCCAGCUUCUGGACAAGGCGCUGGUCACUCGCUUCUCUGGGCCCCGGAGCUACACCGGGGAGGACUGCGUGGAGUUCCACCUGCAUGGCGGCCCAUCGGUCGUGCGAUCCGUGCUGGCGGCGCUUGGGAGCCUGCCAGGGCUACGACCUGCUGAGCCGGGGGAGUUCACACGGCGGGCCUUUGAGGCAGGGAAGCUGGACCUGACAGAGGUGGAGGGCCUGGCAGACCUGCUGGCAGCCGGGACCCAGGCCCAGCACAGGCAGGCGCUGCUGCACGCCACGGGCGCCGUGCGCCGGCGGUACGAGGGCUGGCGCGCCCGCCUCCUCACCGCCCUGGCAGCUGUGGAGGCGGUUAUCGAUUUCGGGGAGGACGAGGGCAUCGCCGACGAGGUGGCGGCCGGGGUGCUGCCGGACAUGCGCGCCCUGCGCGCCGAGCUGGCGGGCUUCCUGGGCGGCGGGCAGCGCGGCCAGCUGGUGCGGGACGGGGUGCGGGUGGCCUUGGUGGGGCCCCCCAACGCGGGCAAGAGCUCGCUCCUGAACGCACUGGCGGGCAGGGACGCGGCCAUCGUGUCCCCCUUCCCCGGGACGACGCGCGACGUCAUGGAGCUGGAGCUGGAGCUCGGGGGCCAGCGGGUGAUCCUGGCCGACUGCGCCGGGAUCAGGGAGACCGAGGACCCUGUGGAGGCCGAGGGCGUGCGCCGGGCGAGGGCCACCCUGGCCACCGCACACAUCGUGAUCCAGCUCCGGGAUGCGCAGGCGGUCUGGGCCAGUGACGAUGCCGCCGCCACCCAGGCUGGGGACCUGGGCGGCGACUCGACGCCUGGCGAAUUGUCAGAGGCCCAGCUGACCCUGUCGGUCUGGAACAAGGCAGACCUUCUGGCAGAGGGCCAGGGUCCCCGGGGCCAGGGCUUCGGCAUGCCAGCAGACCUUGCGCCACGGGACAGAGGGCCCCCCUCGACCGCGCCGCUGCUCAUCUCCUGCGAGACGGGGGAGGGCCUGGACGACCUGACCCAGCUGCUGGGGCGGGCAGUGGAGGACAUCCUGGCCCAGGGCGGCGAUCCCGAGGCCGCCGCCCUGGUCACGCGCGCGAGACACGCCGCCGCGCUUUCCCGGUGCGUCGCCGCGCUGGAGCGGUACGAGGGCGUGUGGGCAGCGCUGGAGCUGGCGGCCGAGGAGCUGCGGGGGGCCACCCGCGCCCUGGGGGCCAUCAGCGGGGUGGUGGACACCGAGGAGGUGCUGGACUCUGUGUUCUCAGAGUUCUGCAUCGGCAAAUGA